UCUGUAAGCCAAUGGCUGUUAAGUGGAGGAGGGGCUUUGUCGGGCUGUCAGCCAAUGGCUGUUUAGAAGGAGCUGAGCUCAGCUCAGUAAACUUGGCGACCCUUUCCUUUGCUUGCUGUGUCCGCAGAAUAUCAUUCAUUGGGGAAACUGGCCUGUUAUUUAGCUUUUUUGUGUAUUUUUCUGUACAAACUGAUGCUUUUUAUCAUUAAAUAUUAAAUCGGGGCUGCCCGGCACGAGAUGAACAGCUGAUACAUUUGCUGCUGCUCUUACUGGAGCUUUCAGCAGAAUGGUUUUGUUACAUUUAACACAAUAAAUGAGACACUGUACCUUCACGUGUCUGUAAACUAAACACAGCCACCAAUGCAUUUGACUUGUUUUCCUAUUGGAACAACAUGCACAUGACAACUGACACCACCAUUGCAAGAGAAUUAAAUAUGAAGUCUGGUGGUUAAUAAUUCCGUCAAACCCAUUUUGAGUUUUUAGUUUUAUUCCGUUGACACAAUCGAGAACAAAGAAAACCUGUCCACAUGUCCCCGCUUGGCCCGGUGCAGCUUUGAAGUCUGAUUUGCUAGCACGGUGAUACCAACCCGACCAAACACGUGCUUCCAUACUGCGAAGCCCCAACAUCGGCUGCUGUGAUUGGCCCGCUCGUUUGGCGCCUCUUAAAUGUGCUGCAGCCGUAGUGGGCGGUGAAUGCAAGACGGGGAGCCGUUUGAACCGUCGCUGUGCCGAGGCGGAAACAUUGAAAUUGGACAAAUUGUGUAUAGUGAGGGUGAGAUGAAAUGGUGUUAUAUAUAUCUACAAACACUGUGCCUUUUAUGAAGCCUGGUUUAGAGUACUGUAACGUCUGCUUUUAUUCUGUUUGCCGACUCUAAAGCCGUAAAGCCGGCAAAGUGUUUCGCUCCUUCCUCUCUGAGCUAACUGCUAGUUAGCUGCCGAGCUAACAGCUAGCCGGAAAACAGGCAGCUAAUACCCAAGACAAAAGACGACUUUCCCCCGUCACUUAUAUCCAGAAUCACUCUGUUGAAUGAGGACUGAACCUCCUGUGCAGGUUAAAGAUGGUGCUGACAGGGAAGCGCUCGGAGAAAGGCCCGGCAUGCUGGAAGAGAAGAGUGAAGUCAGAGUACAUGAGGCUGCGGCAGCUCAAGCGCUUCCGACGAGCCGACGAGGUCAAGAGCAUGUUCAACACCAACCGUCAGAAAAUCAUGGAUCGCACUAAAGUUUUGAAUCAGGAGUGGGAGACCAGGCGAAUCCAACCAGUGCACAUCAUGACGUCCGUUGGCUCUUUGAGAGGCACCCGGGAGUGCACGGUGGACAGCGGCUUCUCGGAGUUCCCUCGGCAGGUCAUCCCCCUGAAGACCCUCAACGCCGUGGCCUCAGUCCCCGUGAUGUACUCCUGGUCCCCCCUGCAGCAGAACUUCAUGGUGGAGGAUGAGACGGUGCUCCAUAACAUCCCCUACAUGGGAGACGAGAUCCUGGACCAGGACGGGACUUUCAUAGAAGAACUCAUCAAGAACUACGACGGCAAAGUCCACGGAGACAGAGAGUGCGGCUUCAUCAACGAUGAGAUAUUCGUGGAGUUGGUCAGCGCUCUCUCGCAGUACAGUGACAACGAGGACGAUGAAGAGGAGGAGCAGGACUUCAAGGUGGAGAAGGUAGAGAAGGUAGAGAAGGUGGAGCUGUGUGACAGCAAGGAACAUCCAGAGGACCCGCGCAAAGACGGACUCAUCAACAAUGACAGCCGAAGCAGUAGUGACGGCAGCAAGAAGUUUCCCUCUGACAAGAUCUUUGAAGCCAUCUCCUCCAUGUUCCCUGACAAAGGCUCCACUGAGGAGCUCAAAGAGAAGUACAAGGAGCUGACGGAGCAACAGCUGCCCGGAGCGUUGCCUCCUGAGUGCACGCCUAACAUCGACGGUCCCAACGCUCGCUCUGUGCAGCGCGAGCAGAGUCUUCACUCCUUCCACACGCUGUUCUGCAGACGCUGCUUCAAAUACGACUGCUUCCUCCACCCUUUCCAUGCAACUCCAAACACGUAUAAGCGCAAGAACCUGGAGAACCUGGUGGAUAGUAAGCCCUGCGUCAUGGACUGCUACAUGUACCUGGUACAGGAUGGGUUAGUGAGGGAGUACCCGGCCGGAGUGGUUUCAGAUCAGGUCAAGACGCCCUCCAAACGCUCCGUGGGUCGUCGCCGCGGACGACUCCCAAACGGCCAGCCCAGCACCCCCUCCGUCUCCUCGGAAACCAAAGACACAGACAGCGACCGGGAGGGCAGCAAGGAAGACGAGCGAGACAACGAACAGGACAACCAUCAGGACAACGAUCAUGACAACGAGCAGGAAAUAGAGCAAGAAAACGGGGGAGAAAAUGAUAAAGACGACGAUGACAAGAAGGAUGAAAACACCAGCAGCUCAGAGGGUAACUCACGGUGUCAGACUCCAGUGAAGAUGAAGCUGAGUGUGGAGGCUGAAGCUGUGGACUGGAGUGGAGCAGAAGCUUCUCUCUUUAGGGUUCUCAUCGGGACUUACUACGACAAUUUCUGCGCCAUUGCACGGCUCAUCGGCACGAAGACCUGCAGACAGGUUUAUGAGUUCAGGGUCAAGGAAUCGAGCAUCAUUGCACGCGCUCCUGCUGAAGACGAGGACACGCCUCCACGGAAGAAGAAGAGGAAACACAGACUUUGGGCCACUCACUGCAGGAAGAUCCAGCUGAAGAAAGAUGGCUCAUCCAAUCACGUGUAUAACUACCAGCCAUGUGACCACCCGCGGCAGCCCUGCGACUCCUCCUGUCCCUGCGUCACCGCUCAAAACUUCUGCGAGAAGUUCUGCCAGUGCAGCUCUGAAUGUCAGAACCGUUUCCCAGGCUGUCGGUGCAAAGCUCAGUGCAACACCAAGCAGUGCCCCUGCUACCUGGCGGUGAGAGAGUGUGACCCCGACCUGUGCCUGACGUGCGGCGCUGCAGAGCACUGGGACAGCAAGAACGUGUCCUGCAAGAACUGCUCCAUCCAGAGAGGCGCCAAGAAGCAUCUGCUGCUGGCCCCCUCAGACGUGGCCGGGUGGGGCAUCUUCAUCAAAGAGCCGGUCCAGAAGAACGAGUUCAUCUCCGAAUACUGUGGAGAGAUUAUCUCUCAGGACGAAGCAGACCGCAGAGGCAAGGUCUACGAUAAAUACAUGUGCAGCUUCCUCUUCAACCUCAACAACGACUUCGUUGUUGAUGCCACAAGGAAAGGCAACAAGAUACGCUUUGCCAACCAUUCUGUCAACCCCAACUGCUAUGCAAAAGUGAUGAUGGUGAACGGGGAUCACAGGAUUGGAAUCUUUGCUAAGAGAGCCAUCCAGACUGGAGAGGAACUUUUCUUUGACUACAGGUACAGCCAGGCGGACGCUCUGAAGUACGUCGGAAUCGAGCGGGAGCUAGAGAUGGCCUAACGGAAGCUCUACCUCCCGAGGAUCGCCAACACAAAGGCCUUACACUCAAACACAACACCCCUUCCAUUCAGGAAACCAGGACGACUUGCAAAAUGCUAGAGAGCUUCAGGCAAACUGGGAAUAUUUGAAGCAGAAUUUUUAUGCAGUUUUUUUUGCCACAAAAAAGGCUUUUCAUAUAUUUUUUGCUUCUUGUGAUUUUUCAACAAAUCUUCCUCUUCUGUGGAGACCGGCUUUAUGAAUCUUCCCUGAGCUGGAGCUCGUCUACGAACUGACUCAUUUGUCGUUUUUUGUAAUCUGAACUGUAAAUGUUCUACAGUGCGAAACCCUAUGCCGCCUGUUUGAAACGGGUUCAUUUGUUUUAGCUUCAGGGACCAAAAACAUCCACCAGCCGCUUUCACACCACGGCCUGGACUCGUUUUGCGAUUUUAGUUUCAGUGUUUUUAUACGGUGUGAAUUACCGGAUCACUGUCUGUAAAUCAGGAGGCCUUCGCUAAGUCUCACCAGAUCAAUACAGAUUUCUAGGGCUGCACAGACAUGUUUUCAUUGUGAUAAAAUCUAAAUCACUCGAUGCCGACGUACUUCAGAGCGUCCGCCUGGCUGUAUCAAAGUCAUGCCAAACAUUGACUGGCUCUCCGUUGUAUAUUCACUGAAUAUACAGGAGUUUUGACAGUUGGUUGGACAAAAUAUUGCAUUUCAAACAUUUAUCAAUAAUGGAAACAUGUACUUGUUGCAGCCCUAGGUUUAGUUAGUGGACAAUUGUUGACUUGUGUUUAUAUUUAGUAAGAACAGUUUGGUAUGAGACGUGAUGAAGAGUAUAUCUUCUUCUGAUUUCUUUGUUUGGUUUUUAAUAUUUGAAACGGCUGAUGCAAAAACUGGAUAAAAAGCUGAUGGAGAAUAAGUGCUGGAUAUAUACGAAAGUAUAUAUCCAGCACUAAUUCUUAAAUUAGUUUUAGCGGCAUCUUUUAUAAUUGAAAUGCCUCCAGUUUGAUCAUUCGAUGUUUCUGUUAAACACCAGCCAAUGUGACCUUGUCUCAGAUAUCUUUCUGAGGGUGGGUUGAUUUUCAACAGCUUGAAAGUGGCCUCCAGGUUUCUGUUACCGACUCUGUUUUGUGAUGCUGCAUUCAGGUGCUAACGUGAAAACACAAAACCAGCACUACUUGACCACGAAACUCAACCCACCAGAGAAACACUUUGAACCUUUCUGUCUGUACUUUAAGCUUCAUGUCGUGUGCAUGUGCUGCUCUCCUCUGAGCCGCACUGCUUUUUUCUUUCUUUCAAACUCAACCAAAACACACGGUUACUGAUGAAGGUUUUUAUUCAUUGUUUUUGUCAUCUCUCAUUAUUGAAGUUUCCCAGCAGCACCGUGCUCUACUCAAGAACUCGGUCCAGUUUGUUUUCUACAUCUCCUUGUUUGGUUCGAUUCAGGUUGUUUUCAGUCCACAGACUUCACCGAGCUAGAUCUGUCUGUAGAAUGAAACAUUCCUGACUUUUGCUUUUUAUACAUUCAGCAGCGUACUGAACAUUGAGGUUGUCAUCCUGCUAAAAAGCUACUGGACCAAAUGGACCAAAACUAAAAUAAGUUAAAUUUCUAAUAAUGUAAGACGGUAAAUCUCCACAUUUGAUAAGGUCGGUAAGAUUUUCCAUUUUGUAUUUAAGUAAACGACUAAAGGCUAGUAAUCAUUAGUAAAAUUGAUGCCAGUUAAUUUUCUGUUAAUUAUUUCUUAUAACAAACACGAUAAUGAUGAGAUCUUGAGUUUCGAGAGCACAGUGACGGGAAACUUCUCACUUGUUUAAAGUGUUUGUCGAUGUUUGACCCUGCGCUGUGCCUUGAGUCCUAAACUCACCAGUCUACAGUCCUAUCAAUCAGCCAGUCUGAUGAAUUACUUUCUGCAUGAUGAAGAGAAAACAGGACCUCUGACUGUACUGCCUCCAUGUGAUGUCCAAUCACUAUAAAUAUAUUUUCUCUUGUUAAAUAAGCCUUUUUACCAACGUGCAAACAAUCACACUUUGACUGUCUUUUUUCUGAUGUGAAUACUGGUGCUUAAAAGAAAACCAGACUGCCCGGCGUCUGGCCCACGUGAAGCAAAACCAGCCUCCUCUUCCUCCCUUUCCUACUUUACACCUGUAGUUUAUAACAAUCUUUCAGGAGACAGACAGGGACGUCUCGUGGUGCUCUAGUGUCUGUAGGUGACUAUCAGGGCUCUGAAACCUGGUGCUCUUUGGCUUCCAAACAGUCAAAUCCGGGAAUUGUUCCAGGUGGAGAUUUUCCACAUAUUUUUUUUCACAUUAUUGUGCGUUAAAAUUGUGAAUACGAUGUUCUGACUACAACCAUGUGACCCGAAAGUGUGAAUAUUUCAAAUGGAAAGGUUUAGGAACCCUUAAGUCUUUUUUAUAACAUCACAAACCAUUUCCUGGUGAUCCCAGUGUUACUACUUUCUUCACAGUGUGGAUGCAUUUAAUUGGGCUGCGAAAGCAUUUAAAGACCAUAUUAACUAGGAUUAUCCAAAAACAAAGCCCACAGCAGCUGCUUCCAUCCAGAGAAAUCAGUUUGAUUACAAACCAGCCACUUUUAAACCUGUUGUACAUGUUUCAAAGUGGCUGGUUUGUGUGAGACUGAACACACAACGUUUCUACAUGUGUCUGAAAGCGUUAAUGUCGGCCAAAGGCUGGUUAAAGGUCUCCAUCAUAUUCUUAAAAUGGUCAAAACAAGUGUUACCCAGCCCUUGUUAUGGUCGAACCUGCAGGUUAUUUAACACCGUUGGUCUGCGUUAACUUUUCUCUUUUCUUCUUAUUGUCAAACCAGGACCACUUUUUUCCUCCGAUGACACAGGUGCUGAAUUUGUAAUGUUUACAGGGAUUUUGUUGUUCAAAGUGAUGCAGAUUAAAAUAUUAUAAAUGUU